AUGAAGUCGCACGACCAGAUGAAGAGCGCCGAGGCCAAUGACGCCGCGUGGGAAGCUACCCGGGGUGCCGUCGUCGGCGCCGCAAGAUGGGGCAUCGGCGCUGCGGUGUUGGGUGCAGCAGCGUGGAAGUUCUCGCCGUUGUACAAAGGUCUCACUAUCCAGUUCAAAUGCUACAUACAAAUGUCCGCCAUGGUGUUAGGAAGUAUGCUGGAAGCGGAUCAUAGGUUACGAGAGUAUGAGGCCCGGAUCAGAAUGCAGAGGCGUCUGAUGAGGGACAGGGCCAAGUGGGAGAGGUUUGAGCAGGAGUUUCUCGAGAACCCUGAGGAAAAGAAGUAA